AUGAACAGCGUGGUGGCCUACCCACCUGUUCCGCCGCACUUUUACCAGCACGCCAGACUCAACUCUCCCUCUCGCCUCGCUCCCCCAAUGAACCCAAGCGGAAGCCGCAAACGCAAAGCAGACGAUGACCAUGGCUUGAGCGAUCAUGACACCCGAAUGUCCGCCUCGCCCACAGCUUCGCCAGCCCUGGCUUCCAGGCCGCUUGCCGCUCGCCAGAUAAAACGAGCUAGACCCAACGUCUCAGGCCGGCCGCUGUCUCUGGGCCGUCUGCUGGAGACUCUGGAUAGCCAUGCCCUUCGGUCGGUGCUGAGAUCGUUGUGCGAUCGCCACCCGGAACUAGGGCAAGAGGUUAUUCAGACGGCCCCCCGACCGAAUGUGAAUUCCGCCCUAGAAGUCCUGAGCAACUAUCAGUCUACCCUUCAAUCUUCCUUUCCUCUUGGUGGCAGCCCUUCCUCCGAUUACUCCUACAACCGUGUCCGACCUCAUGUGACGAGCUUGCUAGACGCCCUGAACGACUUUACGCCCAACUUCCUCCCCCCUAAUGAGACCCACGCCUCCACUUCGCUUGGCUACCUUGACGGAGCGACUGAAAUCAUUCACCAUCUUCCCCGAUGGGACACGCCGCACUACAACCUCGAGAAAGAAGCGGCGUACGAAGAGAUAGGAAAAGCAUGGGCUCUGGUUAUCCGUGAGGCCAGCAAGCGUGGCGGUGGCAUACAGCUUCAGUGCGAGGAAUGGAGUCAGAAGCUCAGCAAGCAUAACCAAACCUCUGGGGGCAAGCUUCAAGAUGCACUGAAUGAACUGAGUGCCAGCCUGGGCUGGAUGACCGGCCCUCCUGGCUAUUCCCACUCUGACACUGCGUCCGUCCGCCAGCAACUACUCUCCGGGACAUAUGGCACCGGCCUACCGCUCAAGGUCGGCCCAUGGUAG